AUGACUUCGACUCUUGAAUCAUACAUGAACCGAAUGGUGAACGUGGUCACUGGAGAUGGUCGAAUUAUUGUUGGACUUCUCAAGGGAUUCGACCAACUAAUCAACUUGGUCAUAGAAGACGCACACGAACGAUCCUAUUCAGAAACAGAAGGCGUUCUAACGACACCGUUGGGACUCUACAUCAUUCGAGGAGAAAAUGUAGCCAUUAUUGGCGAGAUCGACGAGGAACUGGACAAACGCGUCGAUUUAGAAAAUGUGAAGGCGGCUCCAUUGGCACCGAUUUGGAUCCCUCAAUGA